AUGGAAGGGGAGGCGGAGCAGCAGCCAAACGAGUUGGUACAACUCAUCGACUCGGCGGGGCAUGGUUUCGCUGUCGAUGUAAUAUCGGUGGAUGACGGUGGAGAAGAACGGGAGAGUACUGGUGGUGGCGGAGGAAUGGGAAGGGUCCGUGGGCCGUGGUCGCCGGAGGAGGAUGCGAUUUUAAGUCGGCUGGUGAGUAAGUUUGGGGCAAGGAAUUGGAGCAUGAUCGCAAGGGGAAUACCGGGUCGGUCUGGGAAGUCGUGCCGCCUUCGCUGGUGUAAUCAGCUCGACCCUUCCGUCAAGCGCAAACCUUUUACUGAUGAAGAAGAUCGUAUAAUUAUAGCAGCCCAUGCAGUUCAUGGAAAUAAAUGGGCAUCAAUUGCAAAACUUCUCCCAGAAGAAACCUUGUCAGGUGGCAAUAUGAAAUCAUUCAAAUCUUCUGAGGUAUUGGAUAUGGGAAUGGUGGCAAAUCAACCAAGGCAGUUUGAAGACGAAGUUCAAGCUACUACAAACUGCUGUGCUCCCAAACAAAAUCUAUCCUCAGAUUCAGUAACAAUUGAUCCCUCUGCUGAAAAAAAUGGUCCCAUGGUUUAUUUCUCAGCUGAAGAACAUUGUCCUGUGGUUUAUACCUCAGCUGAAGAAAAUAAUCCCGUGAUUUCUCGUCCAGUGGCUAAAGUAGGUGCAUUCAAUGUUUACAAUCCUAGCCACGUCUCUGCUUUCUCAAGGACAAUCCCGAUGCAGGGACCUUUGAUCCAAGCAUCCAAACCAGAUUUCGGAAUCUGCAAAUUUCUUGAAGGUGCGCGUGGUGAGACCAUAACCCCUCUGCAUUGUGGCCAUGGUUGUUGUGCAGCUUCCAGUGGAGGUUCUUCUGUCCGCUCUUUGUUGGGGCCAGAAUUUUUAGAAUAUGAAGAAAUCUCCCCCUUUCCAAGUCAGGAGUUAAGUGCCAUAGCCAUGGAUUUGAACAAUAUUGCCUGGAUUAGAAGUGGCCUUGAGAAUGCUGGAAGUUUAUCAGAAAGUGCAUGUCACCGAAGAGUACCAGAAGGUCCAUCCAAGUCCGUGAAUAAUUUUAAACAGAACAAUGAAAAUGAUCAAUGCCAUUUUGAGACGCCAAACUCAUUCACAAGAGUGUCGAAAGAUGUAGUUUCCCAACAGAUGACAAUGCCUGCCUUCACUUUGCGAGCUGAGGUUGAAGGCUUGAGCUGA